AUAUUCUGUGGUUUUUAUCUUUAAGCUAUAAGAAAGUAGGCUGUAAGAAAGGAAGUAAAAAAAACGAAAAAAGCAAAGGAGUAAAACUUAGUAUAAAUAUAUUUAAAGUGUAAAAUGAGUAAAGCAAAGUAAGAGAUAUUUCCAAAUGGGACAAUAUUUGAAAAAAUCUUUAAUUAUCUAUGGAAACAUCCACCAGAUAUUGAAAAUAGAUUAUAAAUUAACAUACCAGAUACUAUUAUAUUCAAAAAUACGCUCCCUGUAUUUUGGUAUUUUACAGAUAAGAACAACAAUAUUAAGAGAAAGAAAAAAGAAAAUACGUCUAUUGAUAAUAUUUAUGAAGCUAUGACUGAUUAAGUAGAUCCUGAUUAAGUUUGUUGCUAUUUUAUGUAUUCUGAAUGUUGCGAAAAAAAAUAUGAUCCAACGAAAAAAUGUGAGAAAUACUCUGGGUUAACAUAUAUUAAUUAGGAGUCUUAAGUAAAGAUUUAAUACUUUGACUCUAAAGAUUUAAAGGAUUUCUUGUAUGCAGAAAAGAUUCCUAUUUCUGCUGGAAUAUUGCAAAAAUUCGUAGCUCCUCCUUCUGAAAAUAAUAGUGUUUUUUAGGUUAUGUAUGGUUCUAAAAUAAGUUAGUAUUUAAAGAUCACUAAUAAAUUGCCUUUUAAUAGUGUAAAAAUUGAUAAAUACGAAAGGUGUUGUACUUUUGAUGGUCCAUUGUAUUUUUCUUAAGCAUAAAGUGCAGCCAAGUUCACAGCAUUAAAACUUAAAAAUGAAGUUGAUAAGAUAUUAGAGCACUUAAAAUCGGUGAGCUUUGGUAUUUUGUAUUUUGAAAAGGCAGACUUCUUUUUUAAAAUUGAUAAAAAUGAAAAUCUAUGUCUUUUAUUUAUGUCAAAUGCUAAACUAAAAAGCGAUCAGUGUUUAUCAGAUUAAAGUGCACAAAGACAAGUUUUUAAAUUUAGAGAGAUUGAACCAAUUUAGAGCUUAAAUCCUUUAAAGCCCUAUUAAAUACAGAAACUUGUAGUAUGCUUAAGAUGUUAAAAAAAGGAAGUUCCAAAUAGAUUUAUAGAAAUUCCUUACUCAUAUAUAAUAUAGGAAAAAAAUAUUACUAAAGAAGAGAAUCUUCUUUAUUUAAAUAAUUAUAAUGCUAUCGAGUUAUAGCAUCCAAGAGAAAUUUCAGGAUUUGCAGAUAACGAAAUAAGUAAAAGAAGUAAUGAAAGCUAAAAUAAUAAUACCAAAUUAGAAUCAAAAGAACUGUCUUUGCUUUAAAUUACAAUAUCAAGUGAUGAUUAAUAGUAAGACCUUUCACUUUUUAAACCUAAAUUAUAAGAAAAACCAGCAGAAUUUGCUUACUAAAACCAUGAGAUUCCAAAUAUUUUUUCAAUGUUACAUCACAAACUUGAUUUUUAAAGCUAUUAGAAAAUAAAAGAUGAGUUCUUUUUUUCGUAAUAAAAAGUAAGAGUAUGCUUAAAUUGCUACAUGGAAAUCACUCCAUACUUAGAGAUAGUAAAGUCUAGAGGUAUUGUAAGCUAAAAAGAUCUUCAGUUUCGUCAAAAUAGAAUAAAAGAAUCAAGGAGUUUAGACAGUAAAAAAUAUGAUCAAAAUUAGCUUCAAUAUGUUCAGGAAUUUAAAAAUUUAAAUGAUUAAGUCAAAUUGCAAAGAAAGUUUUAGAAAUAGGGUUCUAAAAACUAAAAAAUUGAGCAGUAAUAAAAUUAAAUUAUUAAAUGUUGUUAAAAAUAAAAUUUACCUGAAAAUAUAAGUUCAUAUAGUAAUAGAGAAGUGAUAAAUAAUGAAUAGGCAAGCUAACUGCAGAACAUAAAAGAUUCCUAAGAUUUUUAAAGGUUCAAAAUAUAAAUUUAGAAUAAAAUGUAAGAGUAAAUCAAUUAUGAAGACUUACGAUAGAAAUAAGGUUCAAAAACUGAAAAAAGAGUUAAAAAACAAGACAAUUAAUCGCCAUUAAGAUUAAUUGACUUUAAUUUGUUGAGAUCAAAAAGAUAAAUUAAUUGCACUCCUUAAUCAUAAAAAUUGGAUUAAUUUGAAUUUUCCCCUCUAAAGUUUAAUUUAUCUUAAAGUAUAAACAGAUAACAGCACUCUUCUAUUUCAACAAGAUUAUCUAGCCUUUCUAACUCUAGGUAUAAUACGCCAGGAUUAAAUGGUGCAAAAUAAUAAAUAACUUUAGUAAAACAAGAUGAAUUCAAUUUUCAAUAUGAAAGUGCUUCAGGUUCAAAAGGAAAAGAUCAGAUACAAAAUAUUUUAAGAAGAAGGAGUGAAGAUAUUGACAUAAAAAUUCUUUAGAAAAAACAAAAAAGUAGUUAAAUUAAUUAAAAAUUAAGCGAGAUAACUAAUAAAUAAAAUUUAUUAAGCAGCCUCAGAAUUUAAACACCGCAUAAAAAUAGCCUGAUAACUUAAAGUAAAAUAUUUUACGAUUAAUUCGGAUAAGGUUUUGAUAGAAAAAAUUCUUAAAAAAGAACAAUUUAAAUUUAUUCAAAAUAGGUUUCAAUUUAAAACUUUUUUAAAAAUUGA